AUGCGAACCUACGAGGACACCUUCUCCGGCGCGAGAAUCUACCCUGGCAAGGGUAAGCUCUACGUCCGUGGCGACAGCAAGAUCUUCCGAUUCCAGAACGGAAAGUCGGAGUCUCUCUUCCUCCAAAGGAAGAACCCCCGCCGUAUCGCAUGGACCGUCCUCUACCGCCGACAGCACCGCAAGGGUAUCUCUGAGGUAUGCAACGAUUGA